AUGCAAAAUAACACAAGCGAGCCGGAGCGCGUGCCACCAGCUGAGGAGCUCAGCGACCCGGAGCAGGAGCUCAGAGAACGGGAGGAGCGUGCAUCGCCAGCUGAGGGGCUCUGCGAGCCAGAGCAGGAGCUCGUCGAACGGGAGGAGCGUGCAUCGCCAGCAGGGGAGUUUGGAGAGCGGGACGAGGCCGCGCUGGCUGCUGAAGACCUCUGCGAGCCAGAGGGACCAGCACAUCCGCGACCAGCACGUUCACGACCAGCACAGCCACAACCGGCACAUCGUAGAUCCGGUACCACGCCUCACUGUUGCGCAUCGGAGCUGCGCCGCCGCCGCCGCCGCCUCCACUGGACCCGGGGCAGGCCGCCGGAGCAGCAGCGCCGCCGCCGCCUCCACUGGACCCGGGGCAAGCCACCGGAGGAGCAGCAGCGCCGCCGCCACUGGACCCAGGGCAAGCCGGCGGAGGAGCAGCAGCGCCGCCGCCGCCGCCACUGGACCCAGGGCAAGCCGCCGGAGAAGCAGCAGCGCCGCCGCCGCCGCCGUCGGACCUGGGGCCAGCCGCCGGAGGGGCAGCGCAGUUGCCGUCGGACCCGGGGCAAGCCGUUUCGCCACUGCUGCUGGACCCGUGGCCGCCCGCCGGAGCUGCAGCGCUUUCGCCAAGGGGUUAGAGAGGCUGAAUUUGUAAAGAAGAGUUACUGCAGAGCUGCUGUGAUUCUUCUGGGCCUGCUGUGUCUUUUCCUCCUGAUUGGAUCUAUAACUGUGGUUUUUCUCUUCACCCAAGGCAAAUCUCAGUGGGAAAUGGAGACCGUGUUGCUACACAGGCUUUACAACAACUUGACCAGCGAGAGAAACCAGUUACUGACCAGUUACAACAACCUGACAACCAAACGAGAACAGUUACUGACCAGUUACAACAACUUGAAAACUGAAAAGGACCAAUUGCUGACCGGUUACAACAACCUGACAACCGAACGAGAACAGUUACUGACCAGUUACAACAACUUGAAAACUGAAAAGAACCAAUUGCUGACCAGUUACAACAACCUGACAACCGAACGAGAACAGUUACUGACCAGUUACAACAACUUGAAAACUGAAAAGAACCAAUUGCUGACCAGUUACAACAACCUGACAACCGAACGAGAACAGUUACUGACCAGUUACAACAACUUGAAAACUGAAAAGAACCAAUUGCUGACCAGUUACAACAACACAGUUAAAGAGAGAGACCAGCUCCAGACAAGAUUUGAAGACAUGACCAAAAAUAGAGACGAUCUUCAGAGAAUUCUUCAAGAUUGCAGAGAAAACUGGGUGGCCUUCAGUGAUAGUUUGUACCAAGUUUCUUCAGAGCAGAAAUCCUGGGAAGAAAGCAGACAAGACUGUCUUCAAAAAGGUGCACACCUGAUGAUUAUCAAUAGCCGAGAAGAACAGAAUUUUACUAACCAGUUCAAGAAGUAUUUGUGGAUUGGACUGACUGACUCACUGACAGAGGGGACAUGGAAAUGGGUGGAUGGGACUAGCAUGACCACAAGCUACUGGAAUAGUGGGGAACCAAAUGGUGGCAGAACGGAAAAUUGUGGACAGAUAAAGGCUUAUGACUCGCAAAACAGCUGGAAUGAUGAAACAUGUUCCAAGAAACACUUCUGGAUAUGUGAGAAGAGAGUUUCUCCAUAAAUUACCAUCCAUGCCCAACAAAUAGUGCAGAACACAGAGCCAUGAGAUGAACUCCUGAAAUGAAGCUGAACAGAAAACAGUGGACACUUAGGCUACGUCCACACAUACACGGGUAUUUUUGAAAACACAGCUUUUUCUAUGCGUUUGGGCCUUUUGUCCACUGAAAACUGAGAUUUU